AUGGACAGAAAUAUAGAGGACUCCGUGUUACUACACUCAAAGAGGUUAUUACAGCAAUUCAUUGUAGACGGCUUUGCAAUGGUCGAGAGUGAGAGGCUUGACUAUAUAAGGAGACACCAAAGAGACCUCAGGGUUGACCUAUACAAAGGACUCGCUGAUGCAGUCACAAGAGGCGAAACAGAUCCGUCCAACACAGGAAAGAGGGUAAUCCUACCUUCUUCUUUCACCGGAGGUGCUAGAUACAUGAUCCACAACUACCGGGAUGCAAUGGCCAUAUGCAGAUGGGCAGGAUACCCUGACAUCUUCCUAACAUUCACUUGCAACCCCGCAUGGCCUGAGAUAACAAGAUUCUGCCAUAAACACAGCCUCAGCCCAUCUGAUCGACCUGACAUAUUGACAAGGAUGUUCAGCCUCAAACUUGCAGCACUAAUGAAAUGUAUUAAGGAGAAAAAAAUAUUCGGCACACUCAAAGCAGAGAUAUAUACGAUAGAGUUCCAAAAGCGGGGACUGCCACAUGCACACAUCAUUCUAUUCAUAGAGCCAUGUGACAAACCCAAGGCAGCUGAGGACGUUGACAGAAUCAUUUCAGCAGAGAUACCAGACAAAGACACAGACCCUGCACUGUACGAGCUCGUCACUAAUUUCAUGAUCCAUGGACCCUGUGGCAGCUCUAAGCAAAAAUCACCUUGCAUGAAGGACGGAAAGUGCUCAAAGUACUUCCCCAGAAGAUAUGCCGCACACACAACAAUAGACGAUGAGGGGUACCCCACAUAUCGCAGGAGGAACAAUGGCAGAACGACUAUGAAAAAAGGGAUUCAGUUGGACAACAGAUAUGUCGUGCCGUACAACGCCCAACUAUUACGGCUCUUCCAGGGCCACUUGAAUGUCGAGAAGACAAACCAAUCAAGGGCCAUCAAAUAUUUGUUCAAAUACAUCAGCAAGGGCCAUGACCGUGUCAUCGCAGGGAUCUACCACAAUGAUGAGCUCGGCAGCUCACAACGUGAUUUCGAUGAGAUCUCACAUUACCUUAAUUGCAGAUACAUCUCAGCCUGCGAAGGCGCAUGGCGAAUAUUCUCAUUUGACAUUCACUGUAGAUACCCCUCUGUCGAGAGGUUGAGCUUCCAUCUCCCAGAUCAGCAGGCUGUUUUUUACACGGCCAAUGACGAAAUGCCUUCAUUGGUUGAAAGGCCCCGGGUGAAGGAGUCAAUGUUUCUCGGAUGGCUCGCCAAGAAUAAAGAAGACUCAUUCGCAAGGACCUUAACAUAUACAGAGUUUCCACAGUAUUACACUUUCAAUAAGCAAAAGAGGGAAUGGAGGAUGCGCCAGAGAGGAUUCUCUGUUGGCAGAUUAGCUCAUGUAUCACCAUCACAAGGUGAGGCUUACUACCUUCGGGUCCUGCUGACUAAGAUGAGAGGGCCUCUCAGCUACAGAGACAUCAGGACAGUAGACAACGUCGUCCAGCCAACAUUUAGGGACGCGUGCUACGCGCUGGGGUUGCUUCAGGAUGAUCAAGAGUACAUCGACGCGGUAAAAGAGGCGGCCUUUUGGGCUACAGGUCAAUACCUCAGGAGAUUCUUCGUCAGCAUGCUCUUAUGCCAUUGCUUGUCUAAUCCCAUUUUAGUCUGGGAGCAAACAAAGCAUCUCAUAUGUGAAGACCUUCUGUACAUACCACGGCACGACCCACGACAUCAAGAAGUAUCAAUCACCGACUCAGAUAAGGAGGAAGCUGGACUCAUUGAGAUUCAAAGGCUGCUCCUAAAGAAUGGAAGGUCACUGGAUGACUACCCAUCACUGCCAAAACCAACCUCCACCGAAUUCUUGGACACAACAAACAAUUUGCUACUCCAGGAACUUAGCCAUGACAAAGAUGCUUGUGCCGCGGAUGUCGCAAGGUUGGUAGCCUCAUUGACAGAUGAGCAAAUAAAGAUAUUCCACGAGGUCCUCAAUGCGGUCAGCCGGACAACCGGUGGGUUCUACUUCGUCUACGGUUACGGGGGCACUGGCAAGACCUUUCUUUGGAACGCCCUGACCGCGGCAGUACGGGCAAAUGGAGAUGUGGUCAUCAACGUCGCAUCGAGCGGAAUAGCAGCGACUCUACUGCCCUCAGGAAGGACUGCUCAUUCGAGAUUCGCAAUCCCCAUUGACAUAAAUGAAGACUCCACAUGUAACAUCAGCCAUGGUUCCCCUGUGUCUCACUUACUGCGGUCUGCAAAAUUAAUCAUCUGGGAUGAGGCGCCAAUGAUAAAACGGCACUGUGUGGAGGCUGUCGAUCGAACGUUAAAGGACAUAAUGAGGUGCGACCUCCCAUUCGGCGGCAAGUGCGUCGUCAUGGGGGGAGAUUUUAGGCAAAUAUUGCCUGUCAUACCGAAGGGAUCCCGUGCAGACAUUAUAAACGCCGCUAUAAACUCAUCCGUUCUUUGGUCGGCGUGCAAGCUGUUCCAGCUCACUAAAAACAUGCGCCUGCAGACGGCAUCAGAGGCAAUAGACCAAAAAAGGAUCAGUAAAUUUUCCAAAUGGUUGCUUGACAUUGGUGACGGUAUAAUUGGACUACCCCAUGAGGGCACGACGGACAUUGAGAUCCCGGUCGAUUUCCUCAUCACAGACUCCCUUGACCCUAUCCACUCUAUAGUCUCAUCCACAUAUCCAGCACUCCACCAAAACAUCAUGCAUCCAAACUACCUCACAGAAAGGGCGAUUCUGGCCCCCACGACCGAUGUCAUCGACCAGAUAAACGAUUACAUGCUGUCACUCCUCCCUGGAGAGUCCGUUCAGUAUCUCAGCUCCGACUCUGUCUCCAGCACCGAUCAGGACAGCAGCUCAUUCCAGGAUUUGUACUCCACAGAAUUCCUCAACACCAUAAAUUGCUCCGGGAUGCCACCGCACAAGCUCUCUUUGAAGGUCGGAAUACCAGUCAUGCUGGUGCGAAAUAUCGACCAGUCUGCAGGCCUAUGCAAUGGAACAAGGCUGAGGAUCACAUAUCUGGGCAAGAACUUCAUCAGGGCGAUAGCAUUAAACGGAACGAGCGCAGGUGACCAGGUCCUCAUCCACCGCAUGGACAUGAAUCCGUCAGAGACCACCCUCCCGUUCAGAAUGACCAGAUGA